AUGGCUUUUGAACAAGGGGGAGAUGGUGUAUUGAGGUAUCAAGGUAGGUUGUGUGUACCAAGGGUGGAUGAACUCCAAGAGAGGAUCAUGGAGGAAGCUCAUAGCUCCAGAUAUUUUAUCCAUCCGGGUUCCACAAAGAUGUAUCGUGACUUGAGAGAAGUAUAUUGGUGGAAUAGUAUGAAGAAAGGUAUUGUUGAGUUUGUUGCUAAAUGUCCGAACUGUCAACAAGUUAAAACAGAUGGUCAAGCAGAGAGCACUAUUCAGACUUUAGAAGAUAUGUUGAGGGAAUGCGUGAUUGAUUUUAAGGGUAAUUGGGAUAAUCACCUACCUCUCAUUGAGUUUGCUUACAACAAUAGUUACCAUUGUAGUAUCCAGAUGGCUCCUUAUAAAGCUCUUUAUGGGAGAAGAUGCAGAUCUCCUAUUGGAUGGUUUGAAGUUGGUGAAGCUGGGUUUAUAGGACCAAACUUAGUUCAUCAAGCUAUGGAGAAGGUGAAAGUUAUUCAAGAGAGGUUCAAAACAACACAGAGUCGUCAAAAAUCCUAUAUAGAUGUUAGGAGAAGAGACUUAGAGUUUGAAGUAGAUGAUUGGGUUUACUUGAAGGUUUCACCCAUGAAGGGUGUUAUAAGGUUUGGUAAAAAGAGGAAACUUAGUCCCCAGUAUAUUGGCUCUUAUGGAAUAUCCAAAAGGAUUGGUAAUAAGUGCAUGGGAGAUCCUUCAUUGAUUAUACCAACGGAAGAUAUUGGUAUCAAGGAUAACUUACCUUAUAAGGAGAUUCCUGUUCAUAUUCUAGACUGCCAAGUUCGCAAGUUGAGAACUAAAGAAGUAGCAUCAGUCAAAGUUCUUUGGAGAAAUCAGUUUGUUGAGGAAGCUACUUGGGAAGAAGAAGAGGAUAUGAAGAAGAGAUACCCACAUCUCUUCGAAUCCGGAAUGGUUAACACUUGCUUCAACGGUGUCAGGCCUGUAGCUCCCGUCAAUGAGCCCGCUGAGGAGUCCGCAACAAAAGGUCGCGGUCAAGGCAGGGAUAGAGAAAGAGCAAGGGAGAUACAGGAGAAUAUAGAGGUUGAGAAUGAAGAGGAUAUUGGACAAGAGGAAGUGGUGCAGGCUGAGACUACAGGUAUUCCUCACUUAGACCCAGUGUUAGCUCAACAGAUUAUGUCUUUCCUGAAAGGAUUGAUUGGUCCUGGAAUUCUUCCCACAAUUCAAGCUACUCAAACUCCCGCCAAUCCCCCUAUUGCUAUUACUGCCCCCAAGGUGGAUGGAACUGCAGGUAAUGGCAUAUUUUUCCAUCAUUUGUUGGGUACUGUGAUGACUGGUAAUCAACAUGAAAUGUUGACUAAGUUUCUGAAACUGAAGUCGCCCAUGUUUCAUGGUCCUGAGAGUGAGGAUGCCUAUGAGUUCAUCUUGGAUUGUUAUGAGAGGCUGCAUAAGUUGGGAAAAAGUUUUAAUGAGGUGACUAACUUUGUGAAGAAAGUAGAAGGAGUUAGACGUGAUAGGCAGGCUAAGGUGUUUGCUAAGAAAGCCAAGAGCACAGGUAACUUUCAGGGUUCUUACUCCAGAGGUUCAGGUAGGCCGACGCUUGCAGCCCAGCCGAUUUAG